AUGACCGGCAACGUAAGUACUCGACUUUUUGUCUGUAUACCAUUCAGGGUUAGGAAGGGUUUUUUUAAUCAUAAUUUUUUUUAAAACGUUUUAAACAACUCUAUGUCUGAGACGUGUACACAAACACGUGUAUCAUACUUACACGUUUAAAAGUUAAAGAAUUAGAUUAAAAAAAAAAAAUAACUAAUAUACACUGUUCUGAAAAGUGAGUAUAUUAAUUUUAAAUUUCCUAUUCAUUCUUAAAAUUUAAAUUAAAUUAAACAGCACUUGUUGUUACUUCGGGAUAAAAAAAAGUAACACAUUUUUUCAAUUAUAUUAUUUUGUCCUUAAAUAAUUACUAUAAAAUUCUAUUAUUAUAAUAUAAUAUUUACAUACAGUUUCAAUCUACGAUAAUAUUCUCAAUUCGUAUGUGAUCCCUAUACUUUGGAUAAUAUAGUCUAUUGUGAUCCCCGUAAUUAUUUAUAUAUAUAUAUAUAUUCAUGAAAAUAGAACGAAAUAGAGUUCUAGAAUAAUUAUUCAUUAUACUUAAUUCUAAUGACGGUAAAUAUUGCAAACAUCAAGCGGAUUUUUAAUUUUUAGUUUUCAAUCCUCAGAUUGUGGUGAACUAAGUGAAUUAAUUCUCCGUGUUUCUCUUGAAUUUAAUUUAUUUUCUAGUAAAGUCCGACUCAUUGUGAUUGGUUAAAGUGUGGACAAGUGUCUCCUUUCUUAUUUAAGUCAAAAUUAUCUAUCCCUUUAGUUUAAGUAUUCGAAGAUCGGGGAGGGAGGGGAUUGCUUUGAAGGGAUAGGUGCAGUUAUAUUAGCAUAAAAUUUGAGUAAUAGAAAAAUAUUUUGCCAUUUCGGAAGUGUCUCCAUGGUGGGUUUCCUGAAAUUUUAUUUAGUUCUAGUUCACAUGGAGCACCCCUCAACUUUUGGUAAAUAUGGUCCCCUUUCGAAAUAUGUCCCACUUUAACCACUGUGCAUUAUAGUCAUUUUAUUGUUAUAAUAUUAUCGGGAACGUAUAAUACGGUGGAUUCUUCUUGACUUUCAUGUCAUAGUGUCAACCUUUAUUUCUAAAGAGUGUUGUUCGAGUACGGACAAAAUCCAAAUUUGUCGAACGGUUAAACAUAAUGUAUUACAGUAUAAUGGCCAAGGUGUUAAAUUGUGUUUUUUUUUUUUUUUUUUUUUUUUUUUUAUAUAUUUGUUUGCAUAUAUAAACGCAGACACUAUACCGGACGUUAUGCCGGAAGAAAACGUUCACCGCGGAAGACACGGAACCUGGAAAAGAAAAGUUUAGACGGGUGCUGACUGUGUUCGAUUUGACGUCGUUAGGCGUGGGUGCAACUUUAGGCAGCGGUGUUUACAUUUUGGCCGGAACGGUGGCUAAAUCGAUUGCCGGUCCCGCAGUUGUGCUGUCUUUCGUCGUGGCCGCGAUCGUGUCGUCGUUUUCAGGUAAGGGAACUCGCUACGAGCGUUUUGUUCUCUGAAUCGGACGAUUGUUAGGAAGUUAGGUACUCUGGAGCACUCGAAAAUUUGUUUUCACGGGGUUUCAUUUGUACAAUAUAAAUUUCAUACAAUUUUAUUGUAACGACUAACGGGUGUACUAAAACCAUAUAUAUUGAAGUUAUGCAAAUUGAAAAUUUUUACCAAAUAACAAAACAAAUUUGAAAAAACCGGGAAAACAUUAGAAACGAUUACCUAAACUUUUCAGAUUUCUGUAUCUGGAUACGAAAUUGUUUAGAUUUAUUAGUUUUACAAUAAGACGUGUUUUAUUGUAUUAUCAGAAAACACGUAUUCUAUUAGUAAAAACAUUUCGAUUUUUCUAUUGUCUACUAUAAAGAAAUUUUCUUAGGAAUUAAGAAAAAUUGUUAUUAGAUAGCAUGUGUAUUAUAAUAGGGAAUAGAUAAUAAGAGGUUUUUCAGUUUUGAAUCAUUGGUUGUAAAAAGCAUAAAACAUGUUUUACUAUGUUAUAUAAACAUAGAAUAUAAUCACGAUGAUUAUGUAUACAACUAUGGUCUGUUAUUAUUAGUCAUGUUAUCAUAGAAUUAAUAAUAAAUUGUUAUAUACAACUGAAAUGUAAAAUUUUAAAAUUCUGAUACCAAAUAUAGGGAGUUUAGAAAAAAUGAGUUGGAAACGUUGGCCAUACAUUAAAAAAUGCGAAUUUUUGAUUUAUAGUACAUCAUUUGUAACAUUUAUCAAAAUUUUUACCAGUUAAUCCCUUAGAUAUUUUUUUGUUAUUUAUUUAUUUAUUUUUUUUUGUUUGCUGGAGUCCCUUGGCAAGAAGAAAAUAUACAUAACAAAUACUAAUCCACUCAGAACUGUUUUUGGUUUGCAAUGAGUUACCAUUAUACGUAGUAUAUUAACUAAACUAGGUAUACACUGAACAGUAUCUACUUUCCCAAAUAUCCAUGUACAAAAGUGGUCGGACUACUGAAAUCAAGGAUUAAACACAUUAUAACUAGGCACUUGUAUUAAAAAUUCAUAAUAAUACAAAAACAACAAAAAUAAAUGUAAACCAUUAGGCCAAUGGUCUAGGCCAAUGAAUGAGGCUAACUAAAUUUGUCCAGUAUCCCAGUUUUUCCCAGUAUUAGUGGUCAAGCUGUUUCCAUGUCUUGAAUACAAUUUCCAGGGUUUUAUAAUAUUGUAUCAUCAUUCUCCUGAGCACUAAAAAAAAUCCAGUUAAUAUGUGUUUCUCCCAUAGGAGUUUGUUAUGCCGAAUUUGCCGGCCGAGUACCCAAAGCCGGAUCCGCUUAUAUUUACAGUUACGUGACCGUCGGUGAGUUUAUCGCAUUCAUAAUUGGCUGGAAUUUGUUCAUCGAUCACACGAUAGGUAGUAGAUAAUUUUGUGAAUAUAUAACAUAAUAUAAUUUAAAUAGUAAAAUGUACAAAUUUAAUAUUUAAUAUUAUGACGGUUUUUUUUCUGUAGGAACGGCUUCGGUCGGCAAGGCUAUGACCAAUUGUUUGGACGCUAUACUCGGAGACCCUCAAAAAAGAUACAUGAAAAAACAUUAUCCAAUGCACGUCGACUUUUUGGGAGAAUAUCCAGACAUUGGGUCUUUUUUUUUCAUCAUGCUUAUAGCAAGUAAUUAUAUGAAACAAUGUUGAAUUUAAUUGAAAAUAAUUAAAAAAAUAUACUUAGAUCGUGUUCAUAUAUUCACUGGCUAUCCCGCGCCCGGUGUCUUACGUACUAAUUUUUUAUUUUUUUUUUUACUUUUAUUUCCGUUUUGCUUUGUCCGUAUCAGUACAUUGAACUAAAAAAAAAAUGGGUGGAAAGUGGGUAGUCCGAGGACUAAAAGUGUUCUAGUGUAGGUAUCAUACAUUUUUUAAAUUCGUGUUGCCAUAGAUACCUAAAGAACAUAGAGGUUAAACUAUAUAUUCACUAUAAUAACUAAAAUUAUGAGAAAAUAAUGGUACGGUAGUAUUGUUACUGUACCAAAAAAACAAAGAUUCAGAGAUAACGUUUUACUUACGGCAUUUUUAUUUCUGUUUAUUAUUUACAUAUUUGUUUUAAUUUUUCUUUCAAUUAAUUCGUGUUAUUAUUACUGUUAUCCAUAAUUCAAUAAAAAUAUUUGAAUUUUUGUAUUAAAAAUACCUAAAAACCUUUCAUCCCCUACGUCAUUUCCUUCAAGUUUUAUUUUCGUGACAAAAAGUAGCCUAUGUUUUUCUCCAAGGUCACAUCCAUCUCUAUACCAAAAUUCAUCAAAAUUUGUUCAGUAGUUUUUGCGUGAAAAAAUAACAAACAUCCAUGCAACUUCACAAACGUUCACAUUUAUAAUAUUAUUAGUAGGAUAUACACGAGUAUAUUAUUAUUCAAUGCGGCUAAAGAGACUUAUGUGAAUGAAAAAAAAUAUAUACAUAAAUAUCAGUGAUUUGUUAGCAAUAUUAACGUUACGAAAAAAAUCUUCUUCGUCUGUUUUCAAAAAUACAAAUUUAUUCACCUUUUCUUACUUAUACUCGUAAACAAGACUUGGAAGUAUUAGCAUUUUUCAAUCAUUAAUUGAGUGUGAGGGUAUCGGAUUAAUUUUGAAAAAUGUAAUCGGAAAAUUGUAAUUCGCAUAUUUUAUAAUUUUUAGAACUAGAAAUUAACUUUUAUAGUGAUUUUAAUUCCGAGCACUGCUUAUAAGUUUUAAUGUUGUAUAAUAUUAAACAUUUAUAGUUGUUUUGGCUUGGGGUGUUCGUAAAUCUUCAACCCUCAACAGCGUAUUUACUGUGUUAAACUUGUUGACGGUGGGCACUGUGAUCACAAGUGGAAUUUAUUUCGGUAAGUAUGUACACAAAACUGGUAUAGUAAUAAUAGAGAUCUAGGGGUCAUGGCUUGAUGAGAGCCUGUAUUUUUUGUUAAAAACAAUGUGACAAAAAAAAUAUAUAUAUUAUACUAUCGACGAUUACAGACACGUACAGGUUAAUGAAUUAUAAAAUAUAUAAAAUAUGCUUUUUGUUAUAACGUUUUCUGAAAAAUAUGACUCGGGCCCCUCCCCCCGACCGAGUUUUUGAAGCUGCUUCUGGUGGUUUCUGGAAUACCUAAAUUACGUUGAACGCAUAGAUAUCGUAAGAAAUUGGUUUUUAUUUUCGAUAUAUUAUGAUUUUGAGUUAUGGAGUUAGAAUGCCAUAUGAAAUUCGCAUAUCCUAGGCGAGGACGAACUAAAGUAACGUACAAUAUAUUUAGUGUACGUACACAUCAUGAAAUCCUUACACGCACGCUUCAAAAAACCUAGUUUUGAAAAAGCCUUAUUUAUAAUAUUCCGUACAUGAGAAUUAAAAUUUAGUCUCGAAUCAACUAUAGUACCGAGAUCCUUUUCCUCAUUUACUUUAGCGUUAUGUUUAUAUUGUUUAUGACAUGAUGAAUAAUAUUUUUUUGUUUUUUAAAGAAAAACUAAUAUGGUAUAUUUCUCUAUAUUCAAUGGCAUGCCGUUAUUACUACACCAAUCAGUAAACAUGUUUAAACUGUUUUGCAGUAAUGAAAAAUCACUAUCACAUAAUAUAUAAUAAUACAUAAUUUAUAAUAUUAUGUACAUAAAUGUAUGUAAUAUAUAUGAGUAUAUUAUUAUAUCAUAUGCAUUUUCAAAAUAACUUUUCCCUUAAAAUAAAUAAAUAAAUAUCAAACGAACAAACAGAUUAAAAUAUUGUUUUUUUUUCGUAAAUAUCACAGUGAAAAUCACAAGUAUACAAUAAGGUGGCGAGAAUUUACUUAUUAAACUCUACUCUCUCACAUACCAUCCCUGGUAAUACGCGAAUUCAUUGGUUGUAGUACGCAAGUGUAAAUAUCUAUUAAAUGUAACGAGCGCCUCGUCGUCUUUAACGUUCGGAGAUUUUCUACCACGGAUACCGUUAUAAUAUUAAUAAUUCAGGGGUUUAACUCGGCUAUGAUCGAUUUCAGCAAAUCUGUCCAAUUGGUUCAUUCCGAAAAGCGAAAUUCCGGUCGGAGUGAAAGGCGGAGAAGGCGGCUUUUUGCCGUUCGGCUGGACCGGUGUGGUGGUGGGAGCCGCGCGAUGUUUUUACGGGUUCAUCGGAUUCGAAUCGAUAUCCACGACAGGUGCGUAGUAUUUAUGUAGCUUAUCUUUAGCGUUUAUAUUUGAUCUGAUUGUGUGCAUUUGUUAUGGUGUUUAUUUUGUCGUACGCGCAACAGGCGAAGAGACGAAAAAUCCAAAAAAAACUAUUCCUCUGGCGAUUAUGUUUUCACUGCUGGUGGCCACGUUGGUGUACGUGGGCGUAGCGUCCGUACUGACUCUCAUGUGGCCGUAUUACGAUCAAGUAUUUAAAACCAUUAUUAUUUUCCGAUCGUCCGAAUGAAAUAAUAACCCCCUCACCUCUCCCUAGGAAUAAUUAAUAAUGUUUGUAAAGGUACAGCGGCAGAAAGUUGUCGUGCAUAAUGCAUUUCAUUGUUGUUAACCGUUCUUCCCAAACUAUCAUACAUUAUAAUACAUCAAUCUUUUAUGCGCGGUCGCUCCGCCAAACGACUUUUAUACAAUAAAUAUGAUCCGCCCGUCGAGUUUUCCUCAUUCAUUUUCACCCGACGCGGUUUUUAACGAAUAUAAGUUUUUAGGUUUUUAGGAUCUGGUCUUUGGUAUAUCCCCAAAUUUUCCUCGUGUCACGUAUGUCUUUACGGUUUUACUAUCAUCCUUAGUUCAGUUAUAUUAUGUCUAAGAUAUUAUCCCGCUGAUAUCACGUUACUUGAUUGAUUGUAAUAAUAUUAGAAAAUUGUUUUAGGAUACGGAAGCUCCGUUUUCGGUCGUCUACGAGCACUUGGGAAUGCCCGUGAUCAAGUAUAUGGUUACCUGUGGAGCGAUAUUCGCAUUGUUUACCACGUGCGAUUUAUUUUGUUAUUAUAAUUUUUUUUUUUAUCAGUUUAGUUUCUAAGCAAAUAUGAAUUUUAUCGGAUCUUUUUUUCGUAUUCAGUUUGUUGGGAUGUUUGUUCCCAAUACCGCGAAUCUUGUACUCCAUGGCCAGCGACGGUCUGCUGUUCGAAUUUCUGUCGAUAGUUAACGAGAAAACCAAAACACCCCUCGUCGCUACGCUAAUAUCCGGAUUGGGUGCCGGUAUGAAAAUAGUAUUUUCGAUUUCCGUAAUAUGACUGUAAUCAUUAACCGAUUAAUUUUUUUUUACAGGAAUAUUAUCGACCGUGUUCAAUCUCGAACAACUCGUCGAAAUGACGUCCAUCGGUACGCUGAUAUCGUAUUUGAUCGUUUGCGUCUGCGUAUUGAUACUCAGGUAUGUAGUGUAUUAGAGCCUACAGAAAUUUUUGGAGAUUCGGAGCGUAUCGAAUUUUUAAUAUGUUAACUAUAGGUUAAAGUUACCGACUCACCAAACGUUUGAUUUUCAUGACUAAAAUGUGAAGAAAUUUGAAUUUUUAAAAAAGGUAGUCGUAAAAAUAAUAUAAAAGAUGUAGAUUAGGUUAGGUUACUAAGUAUAAGUCAAGGGAAAAAUAUAUCAUCCAGAUAUCGUGCUAUCCGAUGUAUCUAAUUUUGUUCUCAAACGUCCAGAUUGUUUCCCAGAUUAUUUUAAAAGCAAUUUAAAUUUUCCUUCCCAUUUUAUACAGACCAAGGUCUGUCUACAUAUUAUGCAGGUACAGACCUAAUCUAGCCGUACCGUACGGUUAAAAAUUAUGAUUUUUGUUUUAAAAUACCUAGGUCAUAAUGUAUUUAAUUUUAAUUUUAUAUAUUUUUUUUUUGAUAAACUUAUUUUAUUUUUUUUUAAAUUUAUUUAUUUUUGUAUAAUAAUAUGUUUCAUAUGUUUAUUUAGUUUUCCCUUUCGAUAUUUUUAUUUAAUUGAGGUAAAAAUAUGUAAUAAUGAUGGGAAAUAUUAUAUUAUAUUAUUAUGAAAUAAUAUUAUAAGAUUGCAUUUCGCUUUUUUCGAAAGUAUUUAUUGGGAAUCAAUUCGAAUGUCAAUUGUUGGGUAUAAGAACCGAUUCGGAUGCAGCCGUGCUAUCGAUUAGUGUAUAUACUUUACAUUGCGGCUAUAUACAAUGUGACUUGCCGACGUCAUUAGUUUAUUUUACGGAUAGCUUUUGUUUUUUUAUGUAGAUAUAAAAACAACGAUACGGAAGUUCGGGAUAAUGACACUAACAUCGAUUCAAACAAUUCAUUUUUCAACAGUUGGUUUGAUUUGGCGAACGCGAAAAUACCAAACGCGGACACUCAAUUCGCGUCGAGAAUAUUGAUAUCGAUUUACAGUACGUCUUCGAAUUACACAAUUCUUAAGAGGCCAUUACAGUAAAAUAUUCGAAAUCUUUGUAGUCUUCUAAAUAAAUCAAAAAAAUGUUUACGUAAACAUUUGUUAUACGAUUUGUAAAUGAUUAUAUUUUAAAGACAGACUCACUUGUUGUAUGUUCGACAACCAGUUGAAUAUUUAAAAAAAUGUAAAAUGCAGAAACAGGCAUCAUCAAAAUGUCGUCAUUUAAACAUUUUAUUACAUGUGUCUUAAUGUUUUAUCUUUAAGAUUCAUUUUAAAAGUAUUUUCGGUUGUUUUACGUAUACACUCUUUUUGCUAUACUGUCUAUUAAAAAGAUAGAAACUGCAGGUGCUAAUUUGACGGCUUAUUAAUUAUUAUUAUUAUUUUUUUUUUUUUGAAAUAGAUUAGUAUUGUUGUAUACCUAUUGCUAUAUUAUGUUUUGACUAGUGCAUAAAAAGAAAACGGGAUCUAAUCUAAUCAAUUUAAAUCGAUUUAUUUUGUGUGUGACAUUAGUCGUUGAUAAUAAUGUUAUAUUGUUCUGUUACAGCUAUUACCGCAUUCGUAUUUUGCAUAUGUUCGGUAAACAUUGAUUGCUAUGGAGGUGCUUAUCAGGUACCAAUAGUAGUUACCAUAGUGUUUACUGUCGCAGUCUUAUUAAUCAUCCCGAUUGUGUUGAACAGACUGCCACAAGCAAUCGAGAACUUGAUGUUUAAGGUAAGGAAAUAAUAUUUUCCGAUAUCAUGUCUUAGUCAUCGCAUGAGUAUUCGAAUUGAUAUGUAAUAUGUACUUAAAUCCACAUAAUACGAUUGUCUACACAUUCACCGUGCUAUAAUACGUUAAUAUUAUUUACAUACAUGGAAUGAUCACGGCGUUUAGGGCGUUUCAUGUGUAGAACUGUAAUACCUGAAUGUAUUUAUAUCUCCCAUACCCGGUCUUUAGUUUAUCUAAGGUAACACUGUUAGAAAGAUACAGAGAAUUUUUAAGAAAACCAUUACUAUAAUGAAAAACUUAAUACAGACAAGUUAUUUUAAAAUUUAAGAAUAUUAGCAAUUGAACAGGAUCAGCAGGUCAGGUUAGGUGGUUAGAAAAAUGUUCAAUUAUAAUAUUCCACAUAAAUAAGAACUCUGCGAAUUAUGAAUUUCAUAAUGAACUCCAACUUGAGAUUUAAAUAAGAGGUCAUUUAAGAUCAGUUAAGCCAAAUGAAAUCUCAAUAGGGAACUAUUAAAUAAAUAGAGGAAUUAAGUUACAGUUACUCAUGUCUCAAGCUUGCAGCUUACAGGAAAAUUUGGGGAGUAGGUAUCAAUCGAAAAAAUUGUAAAUAAUAUGUACAUGUAUACAUUGGUCAUAGAUUACAGGUGUAAAAGAGAAAAAUUCAGUUUAUUCCUUCGCCAGAUAUCAGCUUCGUUUGAAAUAUUCCAAUUAUGCAUGUAUCCACCCAUUGGCAUGCAAAUAGACCAAAGAUAUAAAAUAUAUAUAAUAUAUAUAAUUGAUAAUAAUAACUACCAUUUAAUUUCCACUCAUGAUAUUGAAUUUUUUCAUCUUUGAUAGUCUAAUGUUUGCUGUGUCUCUUUUUCUACCAAUGUUGGUACCAUUGACUGAGAUAGAAUGGAUUGCAACCGAGAGCAGCAACAGGCCGCUUGUGGCUCGCGAGCAUGGUGCACCCAGUGAACUGUACGCUUUAUACACUGGCGUUAUCCAUAAGCGUAGUAUGAUGGUUUUCUGUAGAGGAGCUUUAGCCCUAACAAAAUUGUUUACAUGGGUGUAUACAUAGGUGAUAAACAUAUCUAUUCGUGGGUCCCGUCACCGACUCACCGUGCUGAUUCCGCGGUUUUCAGUCCAUUCAUGAUUGAAUCUCGUAUCUUUCUGUCUAUUAUCAGUUUAAUACUUCUAUCAGUCUACGGUUUCAGUCUUUCAGGUGAUCCAGAUUCGGAAAAUGUAUUUGUUUAUUUUUUCGCAGGUACCCUUCGUUCCUUUUAUACCAUGUUUGAGUAUCGUUCUCAAUUUUUACCUAAUGAUGGAGCUGAGUUACAAGACGUGGAUACGAUUCGGUUCGGGGAUCAUAAUAGGUUUGUAUUUGUAUUUGUAUUUUAUUUUUUAACAGGCGAGGCCCUAUUUUACAUAAUGUAACGUAAAUACAGUACGAUUAUAACAUGCAGAGUAUAUUAUAAAUUUAACAAACAUAAAUACAGUAAGAUUAUAUUUUCGCACAUGCAUGAGCGUUAUAAUGCUAUUAGUGUAAGGCUUCUCUUAAGACUUUAUUUGGGGAUGAGUUAACUCCCCCUAAAUUUUUGACUGAUAAUUAGUCAAAGUUUGUGUUCAAUUGUUUAUUUAAUAACAUGAUUUAGUUCAAAUGACAUUUGUCAAACCUUUGACUAACAUUUGCAAACGCAAAUAAAGUUUUAUAGAAAUAUUGUACAAUUUUUAAAAAUAACUAACAAGCAUUUGACAAACAACAUUUAAAUGUUACAAUGUUUUCUGAGAAAUUGUAUUUUGAUUCGAUUAAUAUGUGUAAACAAACGAUGUUUUCAAUUUUUUCAAUCGAUACAUAAUUUUUAGUACAACACUACUCGCUCAAUAUUCAACAACUAAUGUUUGUAUAUAUUUAUACAAAUAUUUAUUGUCUAAUAUUUGAAAAUAAACCAUAAACAAUUAUUGGGAUAGUAUUUAUAGUGGCCAAUUAUUUACCGGGUCGCGGUUUGAAAAUAUUGUCAGAAUGUAUAAACAAUAUAUAUUAAUAGAAAUAUGUAUACGCAAAACCGUUAACGUUGUGAUGCUUUAUACAAAUCAUGCGGCGGAUCAUCCCCUGAAUUUAUCUUUUGAAAUUAAUAUACUCGAUUUGUUUAUUUACAGGAAUAUUCAUAUACGUGAUAUACGGAGCUCGGAAUAGUAUCGAGGGCAAAAAACAAAGCGUAUCGGAAGACAUAAAAGACGGACAAAUACAAAAAAUUGCACUCUAA